AUGGAUAUUCGUCUUGUACAUGAUUUAGCAUCUGUAGGUAGCAUUCAACGUCAAGGUUUAACAUCAUUUCCAUCACAAUCAUGGAUGUCGAGUAAUAUAAACACUACAAAUAAUCGAGCUAAUAAUAAUGAUGACAACAAUAAAGAUCAUUCGAAUACGCCAUCGCAAUUGGCUAAUGAUCUCCCAUACACAGAAGUUCGCCAAUUAUCAUGCUCAAAACAAGCACGCAUCACUUAUGAAGAAUACUUAGCUAAUUUAUGCGACAAUCAAAGUAAUGUUAUUCAUAAAUCCUUUCGAAGAACUUCUUGUACGUUGUCGCUUUCAAUCAUGGGUGGUACAAAUAGCCGUAUUGAGACAAAUCGAAAUCCAGUAAAAACGUAUACAGGAUUUGAAGACCAUGAUAAUGAACAAGUUAUUUCCAAGGAAUCAUUUCGAAAUAAGUUUGACUUCUGCUUGUAUUAUCUGGCCGAUCUUUUAUGGGGUAAUUUCGCAGAUGAUCGUAAUUCCAAUGAUGAAUUCAUGGUUCUCAAAAAAUAUCAAAGCAUAAUUGAAUGCUUGUCUUCUGCUCAGGAAAAACUGGAGGUAUUUUUAAGCUUGUUUAAGCUACGUGUGUUAAGUGAAUCAGAUGUCAAGGCACUAUUUAGGUGGUUCUUGUUGGGAAGAGAUUUGAAACCAGACAUGUGGCAACUCAUAUUCACUUCUAUCUUGUCCUCAGAUGAAAAUGGUAUAUACAAACACGACACAAUCGUCAGCUGUUUAAAUCGUUUAUGUCCAGAUAUUUGUAAUGACUUAGUCAAUAUACUUUUACAACUCUUAAAUGAUAAUCAUUCAUUUAAUUUGACAGAUUUCAAUCCUUAUACACUUUCUGGAACAAUAUUAACGUCGGAUCUCCAAUGGUUGUUCUCUACUUUUCUAACUUAUCCAUACAAACGUGCACCGAAAACUUGUCUACUUCAAACAAUACCAUUGGAAUGUGAGCAGUUGUCACAUUUACAUUGUUUGUAUGACAGUACAAAUCAUGGGAUGAGUUUGACCAGACUGUUAGAACUGGUAUUCGAUUACAAUGGACCAAUGAUUGUCUUCCUCAAAGCUAAAGAAUUCUUAUUCUGUUUAUUAUCUGAUCAAGGUUUAAAAGAAUCAUUAAAAACGUUCGGCAAAGAAUAUUCAUUUCUCUAUCAGAUCCAACCAAAAUUUAUCCGACUUGUAUCUGGUAAAUUAGGCACAGAUUCGGGUAUAAUUUAUGCAAAUUUCAGUACAAAAACAUCAAAACGUGGCCUUCUUGUGGGGCACCAACCACUUAUAUCGCCUGUAAUUGAAAUAAAUGAAGAUUUUACCGAGUUGAAAUAUAAUUCUGGCCUAUCAAUACGUUUAAAUGCAAUUGAAGUUUGGGCAGCUGGUUCCAGUGAUCACAUGUCUAAAUUAGAAGAUCAAAAGAAAUGGGAAUCUGAUCAGGUUGCUAAAGCGAAAGAACGAAAGUUGAAAAAUGAAACAUGGCAAGAUUCUGCUGAUCGUUUCCUACUAGAAUUGGAUGGGAAGCGAGUACGUCAUUCUGAUGAGAUUGAACCACCUUGA